AUGGGGAACGGAAACGGCACGAAACUGCACAAGGCGCUGAGGAAGCUGAACCUCAAAGCUCCGUCCGUGAAGCUAUGGGAGAAGCUCCGAGUCGACUCGUUCCCCAUGUCCCCCACAAGUGUCCUCGCCUUCCAUGAUGACAAGGACAUCAGGAAGGGCUUCUUCGCCGUCUACGUCGGCGAGGAGGCCAGGAGGUACGCCAUUCCUCUGAGCUACCUGAAGCAUCCAAUCUUCCUGGAACUACUCAGGAAGGCCGAAGAGGAGUUCGGCUUCGACAACGUGGGCUCCGGCGCCCUGCAAAUUCCCUGCGACCCGGUGGUCUUCGAGCGUCUGCUUUCGUUAAUCGGGAAAGAGGACGACAUUCUUCCCAACGGCUUGUCGUUCGUCAUUCUCCCGUAG